UUUUACAUAUAAGUUUGAUUAUUGCUUGUAGCAGUUAAAAUGUUUCACUCGAGCAAACAAUAUUUGUUGUACAACCUGUUUCAACCUCACGCGACAGACCUCCGUACCUUGUGUAUUAGCAGUUACCGUUUGUCUCACACAGUGUUUUAUCGUGCAUCCCACGUUCAGUCUUCCGUGAUAAUGUUUCUACGAAAUUUAUAUCGGAACACUGUUAACUUAAGUAUUAGAAACUAUUCUGCUAAUAAAUGUAAGACUAAGGUGCCAAAGAUUUUGAUUACCGGAGGCCUUGGUCAACUAGGCGUUGAGUGCGCGAGGUAUCUCCGAUGUAAAUACGGCAAAGACAAUGUCAUCCUCUCCGAUAUUAUCAAGCCGACCGAGGAGAUAGUGAAUGAUGGACCCUACAUCUUCGUGGACAUCCUAGACUUUAAGGGACUGCAGAAAGUCGUCGUGAACCACGGCGUUGAUUGGCUGAUCCAUUUCUCGGCCCUACUGAGUGCAAUUGGAGAGCAAAAUGUUCCUUUAGCUGUACGAGUGAAUAUCGAAGGAGUUCAUAAUGUGAUAGAACUGGCUAAACAGUAUAAACUUAGGCUCUUCGUGCCUAGUACAAUAGGGGCGUUUGGACCGGACUCUCCAAGGAACCCAACGCCUAAUGUGACAGUGCAAAGGCCUCGGACAAUUUACGGUGUGUCGAAAGUGCAUGCGGAGUUGUUAGGCGAAUAUUACUAUCAUAAGUUCGGUUUGGACUUCCGUUGUUUGAGGUUUCCUGGUGUCAUAUCAAGUGAUCCUCCUGGCGGAGGCACUACAGACUACGCUAUCGCAGUAUUCCACGAUGUUCUCCGCAAGGGGACGUACCAGUGCUACCUGAAGCCGGACACGCGGCUUCCCAUGAUGCACGUGAGGGACGCACUCCGGGCCCUCUCAGAGUUCCUCGAUGCCCCCAAUGACAAGCUUGUCAGGAGAGUUUACAACGUCACGUCAAUGAGCUUCACCCCUGAAGAACUGACGGCGGCUAUGAGCAAACAUAUCCCCGACUUUAAGAUCACUUAUCAGCCAGAUAGCAGACAGGAUAUCGCUGAUUCCUGGCCACAAGUCUUCGAUGACAGCGAAGCGCGUCGCGACUGGAACUGGAAGCCCGAAGUCGAUUUGGAAAAUCUUGUGACACUUAUGAUAAAAGAGGUUAAAGAGAAAAUAGCCACCAAUGGGAAACUCCCAUCAUAACACAACAUUUUACUUGAUAAUCUCAAGAAAUCAUGAUUGAACUUUUAAGGAGGCAAAUGUGCCGUAUACAAAGCAUUUUUUCUUUUUUUUUAUAAAACUCAGAGAAAUAUCUAAAAAAAUAUCUGUGGAUUUAUAUAAUAACUUUACAAGAUGUUGCAAUAAACGGUUUAUGAAUUUAA